UCGAUAUGCGCAUGCGUCAGCCUGGAUAAAACACGCGAAGAAGCAUGGCAGACAAACCGGAGGAUUUGGCACUGGACCGGGUGCAGGUAAAGAAGGCUGUUCAAGCACUGCAGGCUUUUCAGAAGACGAAGUCUACCCCAGACUCUCUGCUCCUGGACGAGAGUCAACACAUAUCCCUCCUCUUUACGCUAUGGAAGAUUCCAAAGCAGGCCCAGACCAUCCGCAUCCCCUUGCCUCAUGGCAUCCGCACCAACACAGACGAGGUGUGUCUCUUCACCAGAGACGAGCCCAACAUGACCCCUGACCAGACCCAGAGGUUCUACAAGAAACUGCUGGCCGAUAGAGGGGUCAAGAACGUCACAGAGGUGAUCCCUUACAAAAUGCUGAGGACAGAGUACAAGCCCUUUGAGGCCAAACGACGGCUGCUGGGGAACUUUGACAUGUUCCUGUCAGACGACCGUAUCCGCCGCCUGCUGUCCUCACACAUCGGCAAGCACUUUUAUGAGAGGAAGAAGGAGCCUUUGUCAGUGAACCUGCAGAGCAAGAAGCUGGCCUUGGACAUCCAGAGAACCAUCCAGGGAACAAUCAUCUCAAUUUCUAAGAAAGGCUGCUGCUGCAUGGCUCGUGUGGCCCACUCUGGGAUGGCUGCAGAUGAAAUAGCCGAGAAUAUCGAAUCAGCUGUUAGCACCAUCGUGACCAAACUACGCAUGAAAGGACCAUUGAUAAAGAUCAUCCACCUGAAGAGCCAGUCAUCAGUGGCUCUGCCCAUCUACACCUCUAACAUGAACCACCUGACCAUCUUAGAGGAGACACAGAAACAGGCCCGCGCAGCCAUGGACGCCAAGAAAAAUGCAAGCAAACAGAAGUCUGCUAAGAAGGAACCGAAGUCUACAGAAAAAAACACAGGUGCUAAGGUGGAGGAACAGAUUCCACAGCUGGUUCCGAUAGUAACGCCAAGCAAAAAGGCUAAACUGGAGGAGCCGACCAAGAACGGACUUGAGAAGGCACCCAACCCAACAGGAGGAAAGGGUCUGAGAAGAAAAGGUAAACUGACCAAGGCUGUGAAAAGUCCUGCACAAAGACUGAAAAGACAAGUGCCUCAAUCUUGAUGUCUGUUUUGUCAUGUCAACUCUGUGGAGAACAGCUCUACUUCCUCUCCAUUACUGUCUGUGUAUUACUCCCCCUUUCUCUACAUGGAACUCUGACUUCAUCACACUGAUAUAAAGGACUGGUUUAUAAAUAUAGAACUGUCAACAUCAGUUGAUCCAAGGACAAACCCAAAGGAGCUGCAAUUGUCUUUGUCUGCCCCAUUUAAAGGGUUUUGUUCAAAAUCAUAUUUUGUUUUAAGCUCGACUUGUAAAUUUAAAAUAAUAAAUAUUACCACAGUA